UGAUCAAACAACCAGAAGCACCAAGCUUUAGCAAACUCGAUAGAAACAAAAUCUUCAAUCUCUUCCAAAUUAUCAACUUCAAAACCUUCCGAUCAUGUCUUGCUGCAAUGGAAAGUGCGGAUGUGGCUCAAGCUGCUCUUGCGGAAGCAGUUGCAAGGGAUGUGGGAUGUAUCCUGACAUCGAGACCUCCACCAACGCCACCGUGAUCGUCGACGGUGUUGCACCAAAGAAGAUGUAUGAUGAUGGAAGUGAGGGAAGCUUUGUAGCUGAAGGUGCACAAGGAUGCAAGUGUGGAGGAAACUGCAAGUGUGAUCCUUGCAACUGUUAAGUCUUAUCGAUCCAAAUAAACAUCCAUCUUUCAGUUGUGUUCUUUAUAUGUCUCCAUGCUUCUCAUAGUUUCGUAGUGAAAAAUAAAAGAAUCCCCAGUCAUCUAUGGUUUGGGGGUUAUAUUUGUCUACCCAUGGUCACUGUAAAUGAUGCUUGUGUAUAAGCAGCUAUAUGAGUAUUAUGGAGAUAAUGAAAGAUUUGAUGUGUAUCCUUUGAGGAGUGAAUGACUUUUUAUGAAAGAAAAGUUGGCAUCA